AUGACGACAAGGCCGAGAGUGGACGAAGAGGAAGGUGCCGCUUACUCGCGUAUGUCUGAGGAUGCCUGCCCGCUCCUCACUUCGUGUUGCCGGUCACUGGGCGCCUCCCUGCGUAGUGAGGAGGGUCGGCGCGGUCUUUUGCUGGGCAUAGCGGCAUUCGCUGUGGCAGUAGUGCUUCUUCGAGGACCUCUGCUAGACAUGCUGGAAGCUCUCCUGAAGGUCCUGGAAUACUUUGCGAAACCUCUGCUCUUCAUCAUGGACUUCGUGCCGCCGCCCGUGCUGGAAGCCGUGAGCAUCUUCACAGUGGGAGGCAGCUUGAUGUACCUCUGCUAUAGAUACCCGGAUGUUACCUGCCCGGUGCUAUUGGUUCUGCUGGUGUUGGCUACGUACUGUGUCCUUUCCUUCACCGUGUGGUACAACCCCAUCGACAGCGCAAAGGAGUCGCCGGAUCUGCUUUGGGCAAACGCGGCAAACACCUCUGAGCUUCUUGGGGCACCCUAA